ACUGCUAGAAAUAACGUUACUGAAGUGAAGACCACGUCCCGCUCUUCCUAGAUCCCCCUGACUUUAUAGCUUUGCUUAUCGUGCUGACAGUGGGCUUGACAUAUCAUAAACGGCCCGAUCGCCCACACCAACCCUGGACUGCCCGCUGCUGCAUGCUGCGCUGCAUGCUCUCUGUAAAAUUCCUCCGGACCAUCCUUCAGCUCAGCUGGAGUUUGUUUACAAAGAUGUCUGCACACGUGGGUGAUGCGAGUUCGUCAUCUUCAGAAGAUGAGGGUGAAAAUCAGCGUUUAAUGGAUGCGGUUUGGGAACAUAAUAGUAGAGAUGGAGGUCAGGGCAGAAUAUUUGAGACAAACGAGGCAAGAAGUAAAACCAGUGCCAGAGAGAUUGUAACAUCCAAAGUCAAGAAACCAAGUGUCAGGGAGAUGAUUUAUCACGAUGCUCCUGAACAAUUUGGAGAGGAUUAUAAAAGUGUGAAAACUACACCAGAAUUCAGGAGCUAUUUGGCCAAGAAAUUAUCAAGUGUUUUAGAUGAACAACUCAAGAUGACCAAGUCAAAAAAGGAGAGGAUAUUUGAUGAUGAUAAAUCCAGAAGAAAUGAAGAGGGUGAAGAGGAUACAUUACGGUUAUUUUCUUCAUCGUGCUGUGCACCUGAUCUCAACCCCUGUGAGCCUGAACCUCCUAAGAAGAGAAAAAGACCCAGGCUUGGACGUAACACCAAAAAAAUAAACAACAAUAAUGAUGAUGACAGCAGUGAUUCAGAUGUUCAGGAACAGAGAUUACUUGAAGCAGCCGUAUCUGGACACGAUGUCUUAAGCUUCUCAGCAUUAUCAUCUUCUUAUGAUCGUAAGCAUCAAGGACAGAAUAGCGAUAGCGACCACACCGAAUCCCAUAUAGCUGAUGAUCCUAUUGAAAAUGGGACUGCAUUCAAACAGACAGAGCACGGAGAUGGUGGUUUUUCAGAUACAAAUGUUAAAAAGAAGAAAAAGGGAAAGAAAAAGAUGGACACAAAUGAAAUUCAUGCUGAUGAUACAACUGGGACUGCAUCCAAACAGACAGAAAAUGGAGAUGAUGAAUGUUCUCAUGCAAAUUUAGAAAAGAAGAAAAAGAGAAAGAAGAAGACGGAUACAAUUAAUAGUCAUGCUGAUAAAACUAGGACUGCAUUCAAACAAGGAGAGCAUGGAGAUGGCCAAUUUUCUCAUGGAAAUGUUGAAAAAGUGGAAAGGACAAGGACAGACAAUGCUGAUAUAAGUGAAAUUCAUGAGGAUAAUACUGAGGAUGUGAAAAGAGGGAACCGUCUAGCUGAAAUUGUACGAUCCUCAGAACUGUCUGAGAAGACAGAUGCUCAUGACUUGUCUGUGGAGAUUGGUAGGAAGAAGAAAAAGAAGAAGAAAAAAAUGGAUACUGAUAUGUCUAAGACUUAGUUCAGUUAGUUGCUCACUUCAUUUCACAUUCAUAAACUUAAAUGUUAACAAUCUGUUAUGCCAUUACUUCAAUUGCUUAAAUAAUCUUUAUUGUUUUGUGUGUUUGUCCCGUUCAUGUUUUAUCAUGAAGAAUAUAAUCAGGAAAGUUAUACCUCGAAAUGGCUGUCUAAUCCAGCUAUAUCUGCCCCUGGAAAAUUUUGCUUAAGUUAAGGCUAAUACCUGCAAAACCACUUCUCAAGAAUGGAAUGAGGGAACAUUUUUCAGGAUGUAUUCUUUGAAUGCUACUUUCUGAUAGGCAAACACUAAAUUUGCAAGUGUUUCAGUUUAGUUUAUUUCCAUUAUUCAUAUACAGACAUUAACAUGCUUGACAUGAGUAUAACAUAAUUAUAUUGAGUUGAAAUAAAUCGUUAUUGAGACAGAAGUUAUACGCAAUAAGAAUUUAAAUCAGUGAAAAAUGGAGGGGCCUAAGUUGAAAGCAGAGCUUGUGAGUUAUAGGCCCCAAUGGAAGGAGGUGAUAAGACAUAAGGCUAUAUAGCUAUUAAAAAUAACAAGGUAAAAGAAAAGCAAAAGUUUAUGUACCAAUUGGUUUAAUCACAUCUGUGGCACGCCCUGGAAAGAAAGUAAUGUUUUAAAGGGAGGUAUGAAGGUAAAAUGGAGCUGCUGAAAGGUUUAGAUAUCUACUGCUGCCUGAACUGCAUAAUCAUUCAAAAAAGUAUGUUUAAGUUUACGUUUGAAUAUAAACAAUGAAUUGGAGUCUGAAAUGUCUUUGGAUAGUCCGUUCCAGUACUUCGGUCCUGAGAAAGUAAUUGUUUUCUGAGCAAAGGUUGUUCGAGUCAGUGGUAAAUGAUAAAAUGUACUUUGUCGAGUUGCGUAUGAAUGAAUUACAUUUCGUUUAACAAAUAAUAAGGUGACAAUGGCUGGUAAUUCAUUUGUGGAUAGCUGGAACAUAAAAAUUCCUAAAUUAUAUCUAUAUAAGUCUGAGAUUUUGAGAAGUUGAUUUCCAUGAAAGUAACGACUUGUAUGGGAAAGAAAACCAGCAUUGUUUAUGUUUCUAACCGCACGUUUUUGAAUGACAAACAACCUAUGUAGUUGAGUUUUAUUGCUAUUACCCCAAGCAAGAAUACCGUAAUUGAGAUAGGGCAAAAUCAAAGUAUUGUAAAGAGAUAAUAAAAUUUUUUGGGGUAGAUCAUGUUUAAGUUUGUUUAAAAUGCCUGUGUUUCUAGCCGUUAAUGUACAAAGAUAAUUAAUAUGUGAUUCCCACGAUAGUUUGCUAUCGAUAUAAAUUCCAAGAAAUUUUGUGGAAUCGACUUUAGUUAAAUUUGUGUUAGCAAUCAAUAUAUCACCGGGUAAAGAUUUGAUAGUAUUACUGAACAACAUAUAAUGAGUUUUGUUAACAUUUAAAGAUAGCUUAUUUGCAUUAAUCCAGGCUUGGACCAUUUUCAAUUCCUCGUUCAGGAUUUCAAGGAGGCUGGUGGGGUUACGGUGGGAGAAAAAAAUAUUAGAAUCGUCUGCAAAAAGAAUAAACGACAAAUUAUCAGAUGAAUGUUGAAAAUCAUUAAUAUACAAAAUAAACAAUAGGGGGCCUAAUAAGGAACCUUGUGGAACACCACAUGAUACUAAUCUCGGGUAAGAGUCCUGUCCAUUAAUACUAACGAAUUGUUUUCUGUCGGAAAGAUAAUUUCCAAACCACUCCAAGGCCUUUCCUCGAAUCCCAUAAUGGGAUAAUUUAUGCAGUAAAAUAUUAUGAUUGAUAGUAUCAAAGGCCUUGGAGAAGUCAAGGAAAAUUCCAACAGUGUGAGACAUGUUAUCUAUGGCAUGGGCUAUCUUAUCUAAGAAAACAAGUAAUGCAUGAGUUGUGGAGUGUUUCUGUCUGAAGCCAAAUUGAUUAUUAGAUAAGAUAUUAUGAUAUAUUAAAAAUUUCAUUGUACGUGAAUAUACUAGUUUUUCGAGAAUUUUAGAGAGGGAGGUCAAAAGAGAAAUAGGACGAUAAUUACCAAGAUGAUCAGAGGCACCUUUCUUUAGUAUUGGUAUGACUUUGGCGAUUUUCAUUUUCUGUGGAACGAUACCAUUUGUAAUGGAUAGAUUCAAGAUAUGUGUCAGGGGUGCAAUAAUGUAUGGUAUGAUCUCUUUUUGAAGGCUUUAUUUUGAAAAAUAAACAAAAACAUUACCUCUAAGUCUAAUUAAUAGAAAACUUCAAACUUUCAUAAGGUUCAUAAAGAAUUAGUCACAUUAAAUGUCACUGCAUUUUAGUGAGAUUGGAAUGUCAGAAUAAUCAAUUAUCAGUGUUGUAGUCUAUAAUUUCCAGUGGUAUUACAAAGAAAGUCAUGUGAAAGGCAAGGAACUUUGGAUAAUGAUUCAAAUAAAAACAACUAGUCACUGUAUGGUUUGAACUCUAUUCUUAUUUUCAAACCAUCCUGAUUAGUUGAUAUCAGUACAUUAAAGAGUGAGGGCAUAUAGCCGCAAAUUUGAUAUUUUUCUGUAAUUUCAUGUCUUAAAGAGUCAACUAUAUCUUUUUUUAUUGAAGUUUUGAUCAUGAUUAAAAUCAUACAUCUAUGAAUGAUU